AUGGCACACGGUUGUCCAGUCAGUGGACACUCCGGGGGAGCCAAUCUCUGCCCCGUCCUCUCGAACACGUCCUCCUUCGGGGAGAAGAACCCGCCGUACGCGGAGUACGACGAGGAGGCGCUCUACACCAACUUGCGCGUACGCAUUGACUACCUCACGCGCUUCGUGGGCUUCGACUCGGAGGACAUCGACGCGCUGAACGAGAUCGCACCCGUGAUUGAGCCGAUGAUUCCUGAUCUUGUCGACCGGGUGUACCACCAGCUGUUCAAGUUCGACGUGACGAAGCGGGUCUUCAUGCCGCGGAAGGAGGGGACGGAGGGCAGGGUGCUCGCGGAUCUACACCACUUGACGCUUGAUGCGCCGCAGAUCCAGAUGCGCAAGAAGACGUUCUCGGUCUAUCUGCGCAAGCUGUUCGCGUCGGACUACGAGGAGUUCUCGACGUGGCAGUACUUUGACAACGUUGGCGUGAUGCACACCGGCAAGGCUGGCCUGAAGCACCGCAAGCUCAUGGGGAAGGAUUCGUUGCAUGUUGAUAUCAUGCACCUGGCCAUCCUCCUUGCCUGGACCCUCGACAUCCUUACACCCGUCAUCCUCAAGAACGAAGACUUCGACAUGGACCGCCGCAUAGAAAUUCUGCGCGCGCUCCAGAAGGUCGUUUGGAUUCACAACGACCUCUUCACGCGGCACUAUGUCCAGCGCGCGACGCACGUCUCCGCCUUGCGCAGCGCCUCCGCCAGCGUCGGCUCUUUCAGCACCAUCAACGAGCACCCGCCCUCCACGCGCGGCAGCUCUGGCUCCUCCUCGGGCGGCGUCAACGAGUCGUACUUCCCGGGCUCCGCGCCCGGCGACCGCGUCUCGGGCGCGAGCCCCGUGCGCCGUCCGGGCACGAGCAGCAGCACGCACUCGUUCACGAGCGGCUCGAGCGGCGCGCUCGGCUUCGACAAGCAGUCACAGUCCGGCAAGCAGCGCAAAACUUUCUUCGGCUUCUAG